CGAAAAAUGAAAGAGUUCCUUCUCUUUCCCUGCUCACAAGAAAAAUGUCGACUUUUGAAAAGGUUGUUGUCAUUGAUGGCAAGGGUCAUCUUCUCGGUCGUCUCGCUUCCAUCAUCUCCAAGCAGGCUCUCAAUGGCCAGAAGGUCGUCGUUGUUCGCUGUGAAGCUCUCAACGUCUCGGGCGAAUUCUUCCGCAACAAGUUGAAGUACCAUGCCUACCUUCACAAGCGUUGUCUUGUUAACCCCAACAAGGGUCCUUAUCAUUUCCGCGCUCCUUCCCGCAUCUUGUACAAGGCUAUCCGCGGUAUGAUCCCUCACAAGACCGCUCGUGGUGCUGCCGCUUUGGACCGCAUCAAGUUGUUCGAAGGUUGCCCUCCUCCUUAUGACCGCGUCAAGCGCAUGGUCGUUCCCGAUGCUCUCCGUGUCUUGAGACUCAAGCCUGGUCGCAAGUACACCACCCUCGGUCGCAUCUCUCACGAAGUCGGCUGGAAGUACCAGGACGUCGUUGCCAAGCUCGAAGAGAAGCGUUUGGCCAAGUCCGCUGCCUACUACAAGCGCAAGGCUGCCCUUGUUGCCAUCCAAAAGAAGGCUGUCAACUCCAAGGCUGAUGCCAUCAAGGACGUCAACGCUUCCAUUGCUGCUCUUGGUCAUUGAGUCAGGGAUUGUUCAUCAAUCAUCCAUUAAAAAUCGUCAUCACAAAUGCCAGUGGCCUUUUUUGUUUUUAUGAAUUGUUGAUCUGUGUGUAUUGAUGUUGUUGGGCUUGCCUUGGGAGAAAGCAUGUGGUUUUUUUGUGUGAUUUAAAAAAAUGGAUAAAACAUAUGAUAUGUGUAUAUAUGGGUUUUCUUUGUCUGGAAAAUGCAGUGAUGGGAGAAAGAAGGAAAGAAAGAAAGAAAGAAA